GAGGCGGUGGCAGCAGCGGUUGGAGGGCUGGCUCUGGUCCGGCGGCGAGCGAGCGCUCGGGGGGGUCCCUGGGAGCUUGGGAGGGGUCCCUUGGGAUGUGGAGGGGAGCCCCCAACACCUUUGCCCCAGCUUAUUUUCAUACUCCGCCCCCCAUGCCUGGGAGCGCUGCGAUGCCUGCGUCCCUCUUUCCCACCUUGAGGGAGGCCCUGGCUGCCCCCCAGCCUUGUCCUCUCCCUCUGUGUUCCAGGCAGGGCAAUGGCGGCCGGUCCCCAGCAGCUGCUGGAAGUGUGCGGGCAGAGGCUGUCCCGCUUCCUCUGCAACGCCCAGCACAAGCACCUGGCCUGGCUGCGGGAGGUGGAGGAGCAGGGCAUGAGGAUGCUCAAGAGCAGCUUCAGGGAUGAGCCCAUGCUCUUGCCCAAAACGCCCUCGCAGAGGAGGAAGCUCAGGAAAAGGCAGUCCUCCUGGAUGAGGGAGGAAAACAGGGAGCUGAGCAGGAGGAGGUUAUCCCGAAGGAGGAGUGGUGUCAAAUUGCUGUCUUCCAGUCGGAGUUCCCAGCAGGGCCUGAGCCAGGAGCAGCCCCAGAGCCCUGGCUGUGAGGGGCAGGAUGCAUCAGUGCCCAGCUGCACUCUGGGAUCUCAGGCUGGCAUCACACCCCAGCUCCCAUCUCUGCCUGGGAAGCAGCCUGUGGAAGCACGAGUUCCCAUGGCAGAUCUGGAUUGCCAGGAGUGUCCCCAGGGUGCUGCUGGGGGUGAUGCAGCCCCUCCAGCGGUUUUGGGGGAGCAGCUGCCUGAGGUGGAUGAAGCAACUGAGCUCCAGGAGGUCCCUGGGAUCCCAGCUGAACAGCCAGGAAGGGAUGGGGAGCAGGACCCCAGGAGAGCCAGCACUUCCACUCCCAAGGCUGCUUGGAAUGGUAAUCCUGCUGCACUCCAAGUAGAUGGAUCUCCUCAAGGCCUUGAGACACUGCUCUUCCAGGACUCCCCCAGUAAAAGUGCGACAGAGAAACCCAGGAUGUGCCGCCGGAGCGGGGUGGGUGCCCCCCGAAAGAGCCAUAGGGCUUCCCUGGCUGAGAAGUGCUCCCUGGCCAGCAGGAGGGAGAACAUGAUCCGGAGAUCCAUCAGCAGGGCCAGGGCCAGGAAGGCAGCAGCACGAGAAUCCUCCUCAGCCUCCAGCAGAGUGAGCUGUCAGAGCUCCUUGGAGGCUUUUGUGGAAGAAGAUGUGACCAGCAGCACAAGGCCUGAGCUGGAGCCAAAUUCCCCGAGGGAAAAGGCUCCUGGAAAUGUCCUUGUUCCAAACACAAGUCCCCGAGGUGCCUGCCCUCCUGCACAGCACCUGUCCCCUCUGGAGCAGCAGGCAGGGAGUGCUGCAGGAAGUGGUGUAAAUCCCAAUAGUGAACUCCAGAAGAACCAGGAGCAACCCCACUCUGCCAAGUCCCUGGAGAAUUCUUCCCGCACCUGGAUGAAAGGCUGCAAGCAAGCCCUGGGAGCCCUGUGGCACGGGCAGCACACAGGGGGCCGAGUCCUUUCCCCUUUGGAUGAGAAGCACAAGACCUCAGCAAACCAGGCUCAAUCGUCCCCCUCUCCAGCCAGCAAGGCUGUCAGGCCACUGAAGAACUUCCUGCAGGGACAAGGGGGUGGCAUCAAGGACUUCAUCAGGCGCAACACUCCCACCCGACCCCCCAUGAAGGGAGACUUUGUUGAGAAGGAGAGGCAGAGACUGGAAAACCUCCGGAAGAAGCAGGAGGCUGAGGAACAGAGGAAGAAGAAAGUGGAGGAGGAGAAGAGACGGCGUCAGGCAGAAAUGAAGCAGAAGCGGGAAGAGCGCCUGAGGAAGGCCCUGCAGGCUCGGGAGCGUGCAGAACAGAUGGAGGAAAAGAAGAAAAAGCGUGUGGAGCAGAAGAUUCUGCAGAGUGAUGAGAAGGUGAAAGAAGAGAAGGUGGCAGAGGAGCGGAGCAAGAGGAAAGGGUCCAAGAAACACGGGGAAGCAGAGGCACGGAAGCAGAAAGCCCUGAGAGGGGAGGAAAAUGAGCAGCAAGAACCACUGCAGAAAAGAGAGGAUGAAGUGAAGGAAAGAGGGAAGACAGUCUUGGAACUGAAGAAACUUCUGGAGCAGCAACAGCUGGGACAAGCCAAGGAGAGGGAUCCCAAACGGCAAGGGAAGGAGAAGCCCCUCCAAGCACAGCAGGAACCAGCAGCAUUGGCUGGCAAGGCCACCAAGGGGAAAGAAAGUCCCAAAGAGCUACCUCGUGGGCCUGGGCUAGAGAAAAGAUAUGAGCCACCAGAAUCCUUUUUCCCAGCUCUUAACAUCUGGCUCCAAGCAGAGAGGGAGGCUGAUGGUCAGCAGCAGCUGGGAGAGGAGAAAAAACUUAUUCAAUCAGCAGCCCCUGGGACAUUACCGAAGAAAGCCGUGAAGAAAUCCCUCUCCACAUCCUGCCUCGAGUCCCUGAAGGGUGCUCAAGGACCAGAAUCGCCCCCAGCCAAUGAGAACAGCUACGGGCUGGAUCUGAACAGCGAUGACUCCACAGAUGAUGAGAGCAACCCUCGGAAGCCUGUCCCUGCCUGGGCUGAUGGGGCGCAGCUCCAGCAGGCCAUCGUGCACCAGUACUACAACCCCCCUGAUGUGGAUGCACUGUUCGGGGCCAUCCCCAGCCCCAAACUGGAGCACAUCUUCUACAAGUGCAAACCCCGCUACUUCAAGCGCACCAGCUCGGCCGUGUGGCACUCCCCACCCGGCCCCUCCUGUGGCCCCUCCUGCACCUUCCUGAGCUGAGCCAAGGCAGAGAAAGAGGGUUCUAAGGCCUCUGUUCUACUUUCCCUGUAUUUACAAUUUUAACUUUUUAUUCUUCUUUUUUGUACAGAAAUAAAGUUGUUUAGUGAAGCCCA